CUCCUUCCCAUCUCACUCAAAACCCUAAUUUCCGAAGCUUCUCCACAACAAUGGCGGAAGGACUCGUCCUCAAAGGCACCAUGCGAGCUCACACCGACAUGGUCACAGCGAUCGCAACCCCAAUCGACAACUCCGACAUCAUCGUCUCCGCCUCCCGCGACAAAUCAAUCAUCCUCUGGAAACUCACCAAAGACGACAAAUCCUACGGCGUAGCCCAGCGCCGCCUCACCGGCCACUCGCACUUCGUCGAGGACGUCGUCCUCUCCUCCGACGGCCAAUUCGCCCUCUCCGGAUCCUGGGACGGGGAGCUUCGCCUCUGGGAUCUCGCCGCGGGAGUCUCCACUCGCAGAUUCGUCGGACACACCAAAGACGUACUCUCCGUCGCGUUCUCGCUCGAUAACCGUCAGAUCGUUUCGGCCUCCCGUGACCGUACGAUUAAGCUUUGGAAUACGCUUGGGGAGUGUAAGUAUACUAUUGCUGAAGGAGGCGGUGAAGGGCAUAGGGAUUGGGUUAGUUGCGUUAGGUUUAGUCCGAAUACGGUUACGCCGACGAUUGUGUCGGCGUCGUGGGAUAAGACUGUGAAGGUUUGGAACUUGGCGAAUUGUAAGCUUAGGUCGACGCUCGCGGGGCACGGUGGGUAUGUUAAUACUGUUGCGGUUUCGCCUGAUGGUUCGUUGUGUGCGAGUGGAGGGAAAGAUGGGGUUGUGUUGCUUUGGGAUUUGGCUGAGGGGAAGAAGCUUUACUCUCUUGAGGCGAACUCUGUGAUUCAUGCGCUUUGUUUUAGUCCGAAUAGGUAUUGGCUUUGUGCGGCGACGGAGCAGGGGAUUAAGAUUUGGGAUCUGGAGAGUAAGAGUGUUGUUGAGGAUUUGAAGGUUGAUCUUAAGGCUGAGGCUGAGAAGUCUGAUGGGAGUGGUACUGCUGGUAACAAAAGGAAGGUGAUCUACUGCACCAGCUUGAACUGGAGUGCGGAUGGAAGCACUUUGUUCAGUGGUUAUACCGAUGGAGUUAUCAGAGUUUGGGGUAUUGGCCGCUACUAAGUUAUCCCAGCUCUUUUCUCUCCCCCACUUUCUUUGGUUGUUUUAUCUAUCACUUGUUUUCCAGCGAACUCAAGUACCACCCUGAGAUUUUGCAAGGAUAUUUUGUUUUAUGUCAAACAGAUCUAGGUUUGGAUCCUUUAUAUGUUUCUUAUAUCUUGUGGUUUUGAUUAAAUCUAAUUUAUAGCUUGAUUUCGUUGAUAAUUUAACAGUAUGUUCUAAUAGAUUAGUCACAUUCUAAUU